CCCAUAUUGUCACAAAUUCACAAAAGAGAAGGAACCCAAGUUUAGUGUCAUUACAAAGCCACCUCUAGUCUCUUAACACAGACCCAACUCCUUCUCUUUUUACCUGCAAGUUUUUUUCUGCAUACAAUACAAUGGCAGCUCCUUCAGAUGCUUCAUUACCCUCUAAAAAUAAGGCUUGGGUCUACUCUGAAUAUGGAAAAUCUGUUGAUGUUUUGAAGCUGGAUUCAAACGUGACCGUCCCAGAAGUGAAGGAAGACCAAGUGCUGAUCAAGGUUGUUGCUGCAGCUCUUAACCCUAUCGAUUAUAAGAGGAUGCUUGGGUUUUUCAAGGCCUCUGACUCUCCUUUACCUACUGUUCCAGGCUAUGAUGUAGCUGGGGUGGUGGUGAAAGUGGGAAGCCAAGUGAAGAAUUUUAAGGAAGGAGAUGAAGUAUAUGGGGACAUAAAUGAGAAAGCUGCAGACCACCCAAAAGUAAUUGGAUCUUUGGCUGAGUACACUGCUGUUGAAGAGAAAGUAUUGGCUCUGAAACCCAAGAAUCUAAGUUUUGUUGAAGCUGCUAGCCUUCCCUUGGUUAUUGAGACUGCAUAUGAAGGUCUUGAACAUUUUGGUUUCUCUGCUGGUAAAUCCAUCCUUGUUUUGGGGGGUGCUGGUGGAGUUGGAACACAGGUUAUUCAGCUAGCAAAGCAUGUUUUUGGCGCAUCCAAGGUAGCAGCUACUUCAAGUACUGGGAAACUGGAGCUGUUGAAGAGUUUAGGAGCUGAUUUGGCCAUUGAUUAUACCAAGGAAAACUUUGAAAACCUUCCAGAGAAAUUUGAUUUUGUAUAUGAUACAGUUGGGCAAAGUGAUAGGGCUGUGAAGGCAGUGAAAGAAGGCGGGCAUGCUGUGACAAUAGUAGGUCCUGGAAAUCCACCGGCAUCCAUAUUUUUUCUCACUUCUGAUGGGUCUGUCUUGGAGAAACUGAAACCUUACCUAGAGAGUGGGAAGGUGAAGCCGGUGAUCGACCCUAAAGGCCCGUUUCCAUUUUCCAAGACCAUUGAAGCAUUUUCCCACCUUGAAUCUAACAGAGCCAUUGGAAAAUUGGUCAUUCAUCCGAUCCCAUAAGAGAAAACAACCCAGUUACGGCAAUAUAUGGAAAUAAAUAUAUCCUUGUGUGUGCAUUAGUAAAUGGAACUAGUACUGAAACUAAUAAAAGGGUGUGUAAAAUACACUGUUACAUAUUAUUUGAGAUGUUCUA